AUGCGCGGAGCCGUGUGCACGAGUUGGAGAGGGAGAGUGCCAGUGCCAGUGCCAGUGGCAGUUCACCCUCAGCCUCGUCCUGUGGCUUGUGCUUGGGCUGUGGCUGCGCGCUUCUCGUCGACGGCGACCGCACCGGCACCGGCACCGCAGUUGAGGCACCAACACUGGCACACCUCGUUCGACUCGUCCAAUACCACUGCCAGUGCUAGUACUAUCACCGCCAGUGUCCGAAUUUCUACUUUGGGCUUGAGUCACGACCUUGCCAUCGCCCGACAAAAAUUUGUCCCUGGACACCCUCAACAUCACCCUCCUUCGUCUCUAGGGCUCAAGAAAUUAUCGGCCACAAUCUGCAGCAGCCGACUUGCCCUUCGACACCUUCCCCCCACUCUGCGCACAACCAAAGUGCCGCAGCACACGACCGCAAGAAUGGCGUCGACAACAUCUGGGACGGCCCAGGAAUGGACCGCUCCCAAAGUGCGGGAGACUUUUCUCAAGUAUUUUGAAGAGCGAGGUCAUACUUUUGUGAGAUCAUCUCCUGUUGUUCCUCUAUCCGAUCCGACCCUUCUCUUCACCAAUGCCGGAAUGAACCAGUUCAAGCCCAUCUUCCUGGGUACCGUGGACCCGACGAGCAAGGAAGGCCAACUCAAGCGGGCGGUGAAUUCCCAAAAAUGCAUCCGUGCGGGCGGCAAGCACAACGAUCUCGAUGACGUGGGCAAGGACAGCUACCACCAUACUUUCUUCGAGAUGUUGGGCAACUGGUCGUUUGGCGACUACUUCAAGAAAGAGGCGAUCGGCUACUCGUGGGAGCUGUUGACAAAGGUCUUUGGGCUCGACCCCGACAGACUAUAUGUCACCUACUUCGAGGGCAACGAGGCCGGUGGGUUGGAGCCCGAUUUGGAAGCCAAGGAACUCUGGAAGAGCGUCGGCGUCCCAGAAGACCAUAUCCUGCCGGGAAACAUGAAAGACAAUUUCUGGGAAAUGGGUGACCAGGGUCCAUGUGGUCCUUGUUCCGAAGUCCACUAUGACAGAAUCGGAGGCGGGCGCAAUGCUGCCAGUCUCGUCAACCAGGACGAUCCGAACGUUUUGGAGAUCUGGAAUAACGUGUUUAUCCAGUACAACAGGGAGCCUGAUAAGAGUCUGCGCCCGCUGCCCAACAAACAUGUCGACACGGGCAUGGGUUUCGAGCGACUCGUCAGUGUCCUCCAGGACAAGCUGUCCAACUACGAUACGGACGUCUUUACUCCUCUGUUCGACCGCAUCCAGGAGGUUACCGGUGCCCGACCGUACGCCGGCAAAUUUGGCGACGAGGACAAGGAUGGCGUCGAUACCGCCUACCGAGUGGUUGCGGACCAUGUCAGGAUGUUGACCUUUGCCAUUAGCGAUGGUGGGAUUCCCAACAACGAAGGAAGAGGUUAUGUCGUGCGAAGAGUGCUAAGACGUGGAGCGCGGUAUGCCAGAAAAUACCUCAACGUCGAGAUUGGGAACUUUUUCUCCAGGGUCGUGCCGACUCUGGUUGCACAGAUGGGAGACAUGUUCAAGGAAAUCGUGGCAAAGGAAGAAGAGGUCAAGGAGAUCCUCGACGAAGAAGAGCUUUCCUUUGCGAAGACGCUGGAUCGGGGAGAGCGGCAGUUCGAGGUCUAUGCUCAAAAAAGCCAAGCCCAGGGUCUCAAGAAGCUGCACGGUGCUGAUGUCUGGCGACUGUACGACACCUUUGGAUUCCCGGUUGAUUUGACUAGACUUAUGGCCGAAGAAAGAGGCCUUUCCAUCGAUGACAACGAGUUCGAGGAAGCCAGGCUAAAGGCGAGGGAGGCCAGCAAAGGUGAAAAGAAAGCUGCCAGCAACUUGCUUAAGUUGGACGUCCACGAUCUGGGCGAACUGGAGAAGAUGCCUGGCGUGACAAAAACGGACGACAGCGCCAAGUUCGGGCGAGACAACAUCAACGGCAAGAUCCAGGCCAUCUAUCACGCUAAGAAAUUUCACGAAGACACACGCAAUGUUCCUGAAGGUGAGCAGGUCGGACUCAUUCUCGACAAAACAAACUUCUACGCCGAGCAAGGUGGUCAAGAAUAUGAUACUGGACGCAUCGUCAUCGAUGGCCAGGCCGAGCUCGAGGUGGAAAAUGUGCAAGUCUAUGCCGGUUACGUGCUACACACGGGAUACAUGAAGUAUGGCCACUUUUCGACCGGCGACGUGGCAAUCUGCGAGUACGACGAAUUGAGGCGGUGGCCCAUCCGCAACAACCAUACGGGUACGCACAUCCUCAAUUUUGCGUUGCGCGAAGUCCUGGGAGACGGCAUCGAUCAGAAGGGGUCCCUUGUCGCGCCAGAAAAGUUGCGGUUCGAUUUCAGCCACAAAGCUCCCGUGUCAGACGCGGACCUAGCGAAGAUCGAGGAUAUUUCCACCGAGUACAUUCGACAAAACUGCCCUGUGUACGGCAAGGACGUGCCCCUGGCCAUUGCACGAGAGAUCACGGGCGUGCGAGCGGUCUUCGGCGAAACCUAUCCGGACCCCGUACGGGUGGUCUCGGUGGGAGUCGAGGUGGACGACAUUCUCAAAAAUGUCAAGGACGAGCGGUGGCGGACAGUCAGUAUCGAGUUCUGUGGCGGUACCCACGUCAGGAGUACCGGAGACAUCAAGGAUCUUGUCAUUCUCGAAGAGAGCGGGAUUGCCAAGGGCAUUCGGAGAAUCAUCGCCGUCACCGGCGAGGACGCGCAUACCGUGCAACGCGUGGCCGACGAGUUUGAGCAGAAACUCACCAAGCUGGAAAAUAUGCCUUUUGGUCCGGAAAAGGAGCAAGAAGUCAAAGCAACACAAUCCGAGCUGGACAAUUUGUCGAUAUCGGCACUGAAGAAGUCACAAUUCCGAGACCGGUUCACCAAGAUCAGCAAGCAGGUCCUUGACCACCAGAAGAAGUUGCAGAAGGAAGAGACCAAGAAGGCGAUCGACACGAUCACGGAAUAUUUCGAAAAGAACCCUGAUGCGCAGGGUGCCGUGCUGAAGCUGCCUGUCAGCACGAAUAAUUCCAAGAUCAUCCCGGAAGUCAUCAAACAUGUACAGACGAAGAUUAAGGAUAAGAGUGUGUAUAUCUUUGUGGCUGGAGACGAUAAAGAUGCCGAGGGAAAGGUGCUGCAUGGCUGUUUUGUCAGUCCGGCACAUGCCAAGGCAGGACUUAACUCGUCCGACUGGGCCUCUACCGUCACGAAACUGGUCGGCGGAAAGGCCGGUGGCAAAGCUCCUGUUGCCAUUGGAAAUGGAACGGAGCCCUCGAAAGUGGACGACGCCCUGAAGGCCGCAACUGAACAAUUAGAAAAGAUCAAGUUGUGA